AUGGCACAUCCAAUCCAGGCAGUCCAGGAAAUGGCCGGCGCUGUCGGUGCCGACCCGCGUCCCAUGCAGCGGGCUAGUGUGUUCCAAGGGCUCAACGAGGGUCCAGCCGUCACGGCCGCGAAGAUCACGGGAGUUUCCUCUCAAGGAGGACGCGUCGACGACGCGCCGUAUCAUACAAACAACGAUGGCAUCCCAUGGCCAGACCCAGCCCACAGCAGGACUGUCGGCGGUAUUCCAGUGGCCAGCGAUGUCUUCUUGUUUCAGAAGCAGCAGGCAUUCAAUCGGCAUAAACUGCUGGAGAGAAUGGUACAUCCUUGCGGGAGUGGUGCCUUCGGAUACUUCGAAACGACCAAGGAUGUGUCGAAUCUGACCAAGGCACAUUUCCUUCGCGGCUCUGGUGUCAAGACACCCAUCUUCAUCCGUUACUCGACAGUGACUCUCGGUCGUGAGUUCCCCGAUCUGGCGAGAAACCCGCGCGGAUUUGCGGUCAAGUUCUACACUGGCGAGGGCAACUGUGACAUCGUUGGGCUGAACUUCCCCAUCUUCUUCUGCCGUGACCCGAUUCAAGGUCCGGAUGCGAUCCGAAGUCAGGGACGCCGACCAGAUAAUUUCCUCCUUGAUUACAACGCCACAUUCGACCUUUUGGCCCAUACACCUGAGGGAAAUCAUGCUGGCAUGAUGUUCUUCAGCGACCACGGUACGCCCCAGGGCUGGCGGUUCAACCACGGCUACGGUUGCCAUACGUUCAAAUGGGUCAACAAAGAAGGAAAAUUCGUGUACAUCAAGUACCACUUCCUCGCGGACGGGGGCCAGAAGCAGUUCACACGUCAAGAGGCCGUCGAGAUGUCCGGUAUCAACCCGGAUUACUCGAAGGAAGAUCUCUGGCAUGCAAUCGAGCGCGGCGAGCCGAUCUCAUACACGGCCUGCGUGCAGGUGAUGCAACCUGAAGAUGCGGACCCGGAGAAAUUGGGCUUCGAUCCAUUUGAUAUCACGAAGGUCUGGCCCAAGGAUCAGUUCCCGCUCCAAGAGUUCGGCAAACUCCACGUUAACAAGAAUCCCGAGAAUUAUCACAGAGAUGUCGAUCAGGCUGCCUUCUCGCCUGGUGCCAUGGUUCCAGGUAUUGAGGACAGCCCGGAUCCGCUUUUGCAGUUCCGCAUGUUCUUCUAUCGAGAUGCGCAGUUUCAUCGUAUCGGCACGAACUACCACCAGAUCCCAGUAAACUGCCCAUUCAUGUCCGGCUCCAUGUCGUCCCUGAUGUUCGACGGUCAAAUGCGCAUCGACGCCAACCACGGCGGCAACCCGGACUAUGCGCCAAACAGCCACGAAUCCAUGUCCCGCUUCCGGCCCGACACCGCAGGUGCCCCAUACAAGGUGGCGGACAACAUUGUCUCGCGCAAGUCGCACUUCUGGCACGAAGGCAAACUCAGCGACUACGACCAGCCGCGCAAACUGUACGAGCAGGUCAUGACCGAUACGCAGCGCGAGCAUCUGCACAGCAACACGGCCGUCAUGCUGGGCCACGUCACCGACACCAAGAUCCAGGUGCUAUACCUGGCCCAGCAGUACAAUAUCAGUCCGACGUACGCGAAGGCGAUAUACGACCUUUUGCCCGAGAAGAAGUUUGAGUUCGGCGAGGUGGAGAGUAACGCCAAAGGCGCCGAGAAGAGGACCAAGACGCCCAUGUUCAUGCCCAGCGCUGGCGAGAGGCUGAUGGGCAUGCCGGCUCCCGGGGUCUACAAUAUGUGAAAAUCAAGAGGUUCUCGGUUGUCAUGAGUAAGGAGGUAGGAGGUAGGCGGGUAUGCUCGGAGUUUCCUACCCGCAACAUCGCCAUGGAACAGGGCUGAAUGAGUAUUCACAAGGACAUAUGCUGAGGGUAACGGCCCAUUACUGACUUAGUAUUAUCAGUAUCAGUAUCAGUAUCAGGGCAG